AUGAACGGACACGUAUCUAGUGCGCGCCUUGACGGCAAAAUUGCAAUUGUGACUGGUGCUGGUAGAGGGAUAGGGGCAGGCAUUGCGCGGGAACUGGGGGCCAGAGGGGCCAGCGUGGUUGUCAACUACCGCAGCAGCGCUGAGAUCGCCCAGUCACUGGCAAACGAAAUCAAGGCCGGUGGCAGCGACUCCAUCGCCAUCCAAGGAGACGUUUCCAAGAUCGAGGACAUCAAGAGUCUGUUCCAACAGACCAAAGCGCACUUCAACCGGGUGGACAUUGUCGUUUCUAACUCUGGCGUUGAGCAUUUUGGCCCUAUCGACCAGGUCACGCCGGACGCUUUCGACAAGGUUUUCAACGUCAACACGCGCGGCCAGUUCUUCGUUGGCCAAGCCGCCUAUGAGCAUCUGGCGGACAACGGGCGUCUGAUCCUCACGUCCUCCAUUUCGGCGCACAGCCCUAUCAAGCAGCACGCCCUCUACGCCGGGAGCAAGUGCGCGGUCGAAGCUUUCGCUCGAUGCUUUGCGCCCGAUUUUGGCCCCCGAGGGAUCACGGUCAACUCGAUCGCGCCCGGGGGGGUCAAGACGGACAUGGCCGCUGAUGUGGGAUUCAAGUACAUUCCCACGGCCGACGCGUCAUGGACGGUGGACGACGUUGAGAAGUUCAUUGCAUCGAGGACACCAAUGGGGCGGAUGGCGUAUCCCGUGGACAUUGCUCGCGUGGUGGGAUUCCUUGCAAGUGAGGAUGCGGGAUGGAUAAGCGGACAAAACUUGACCAUCUCUGGAGGAGUAUCCCCAGAAAGCCGUCUAUGCCUAGAAGACUCCACGACACAUGCAAGUGUUGCUGGCGUCAUGGCAAAUCAAGCUGCCUGGAUCCCCGCUGCAGAAGCAGACUUGGUGCUCCAAGACGGCACUGACAUUCCUACGCCUGGCCAAGGCGAGGUCCUGGUCAAGGUCAAAUGCAUAGCUUUCAGUCCCAUCGAGGCCAAGAUUCAGAAAUUCGGCACUCACCCUAUCCCUUACCCAUCAAUCCUCGGUACUUCCUUCGCCGGCAUCAUUGAAUCUGUGCCCCCUUCCACCACAGUCUUCAAACCGGGCGACAACAUUGCCGUCAUCCGUACCGGCGCCCACCAAGGCGACCCCCGCUUCGGCGCUUUCCAGAAAUUCGCCCUCGCCGAUAGUUCCUCCGUCUCCAAACUCCAUCCGUCGACCCCCCUCCCCGCUGCCGCGGCUUCAAUCCUGAACCUCGCCGCCGUCGUCUCCGCCCUGAGCAUCCACCUCGGCCUCUCACGCCCUCCCCUCUCCGGUCCUCCCCCUCCAGCCAAUACCAAUAAGAAAGUCCUCAUCUACGGCGGCUCGAGCUCCUGCGGCGGCUUUGCCGUCAAAUACGCCGUCACGGCCGGCUACACCGUCGUCACCACCUCCUCUCCCGCAAACCAUGCCUUCGUGGCUUCCCUCGCCCCAGCCCACAUCAUCGACCACACCCUGCCGGCGGCGAAAAUCGUGUCCGCCAUCCGCACCCAAGGCCCAUAUGCCGCAAUCUUCGACACCAUCGGGCUUCCCCCCUGCACCGACAUCCUCGUCGAGUACCUCUCCUCCGUGGGCGGCGGGGCAUACAACACUCUGAUCCCGCUCGAGGGCCCGGAGAAGCCCAUCCCGGAGAACGUAGAGAGGAAGUUCGCGGCGUACAGUUGGGCGUUGGACGAGCCGAAGCAUGCCGAGAUCAGGGAAUGGUUCUACGAUGAGUAUCUGCCCCAGGGAUUGGAGAGCGGGUUGGUGGUGCCGACGAGGCAGCAUGCGGUGGAGGGGGGGUUGGGCGAGGCGCAGGGGGUUUUGGAUUUGAUCAUGAAGGGGGGUGUGAGUGGGCAUAAGUUGGUGAUGGAUCCGUGGGCGUGA